AUGUCAACCUUCAAUCCUACAGAGGCCCAUGGUUCUUCUUCAAUAGAAACACAAGUGACAGAGGAUAAAGCUGCGUGGGUGCGUCGAAUGAGAGACCUUGCGAGAACCAAAAUCAUACCCGGAGAAGUCCAACUAAUCGUCAAUAUCGAACCUGCAACACUCACUGUGAAUCCAGAAUUCUUUUGGAAGGCCUUGAAACUCUUCUUUUUCGACAAGGAUGAGCGUAGUCGUCGGCUUGUACGGCGUUGGAAGCAGGUGGGACGCGAUACCAUGAAUAACCGCAAAGACGUCCGCCAGUUGAACAAAAUACUGGGGAAUGCUAUCGAACGCUAUUCCAUGAACCCUGAAUCGUGCGAGGAUGAGAUUAAGAUCAAGGAAGGCGAGGAUCCGGUUCUUGUUGCGCUUAGACUCUAUGAACUACGCGAAAACUUGAAGCAUGACUGUAACAUUACGGAGCGACUAUUUGUAGAAACGGCUAAAGCGUUCGGGAUACAUAUUAAUGAUUAG